GACGACGUAGGCAGUAGAGACGUAAACAGUAGAACUCGUAGAACGUUGAACGCGAGGAAGGAACAAAAACACCGCAAAGUUUUCAACAGCGUGGCGGCAUUUCCUCUUCGGAGCUUCUUUUCCCAUCUUUAGUUUGCAUUCCUCAAGGCUGCCAAGUAAUCAACCUGACAGAAAUUCCCACUUCUGAACGGGGCCGCGCAAACUCGGUUGAACGGUUGCAUCCUCUCAGAACUGCGUGAUGGCAUUAAAAGGGAUCAAAGUGUUGGAGAUGGCCGGCUUGGCACCGGGCCCCUUCUGCGGCAUGGUCCUGCGGGACUUCGGAGCCAGUGUCAUCCGUGUGGACAGGCCCAGGACUCAACUGAACGCAGACCGGCUCUGUCGAGGAAAACGAUCGAUCGUGAUCAACAUGAAGAACGAAAAGGGCAGCUCUCUGAUCAAGCGCAUGGCAGAUGCAUCGGAUGUCUUUAUCGAGUCUUUUAGACCUGGAGUGAUGGAACGGGUUGGACUUGGCCCCGACGUCCUGUUCCAGACAAACCCCUGUCUGGUCUAUGCUCGUAUAACAGGCUUUGGGCAGACGGGACCCUUCUCGAUGAUGGCCGGACACGACAUCAACUACCUUGCCCUCUCCGGUGUGCUCUCCAUGCUGGGCGAGCACGGCCGCAAACCCGUGCCUCUGCCGAAUGGGAUAGCCGAUUUCGGGGGCGGCGGACUUCUCGCCGCUCUCGGAAUAUGCAUGGCUCUCCUGGAACGAACAAGGUCUGGCAGAGGUCAAGUGGUUGACACCAGCACGGUAGAAGGAGCCGCUUACAUUAGCAGUUUCCUAUGGAGAACCCGGAGUUCCAAUAUGGCGGUGCCCAUCUGGAUCGACGAGAGGGGAAAGAACAUCCUGGACGGAGGAACCCACUUCUACAAUGUCUACGAGACCAAGGACCGCAAGUACAUGUCCGUCGGAGCCCUCGAACCAAAUUUCUACAAGGAGCUCCUCCUGGGCCUCGGGUUGGAGCCAGACACGGUACCACAAAUGGGCGACUGGGAGGAAUCGAAGCGGGUCUUUGCUGAAAUCUUCGCAACCAAGACGCAGGACGAGUGGUGCCGCGUCUUCGACCAGAAGGACGCAUGCGUCGUGCCGGUCCUCGAUCACGACACGGCGCACAAGCAUCCGCACAAUGCGAGCCGCGAGGCCUUCCACGAAUGCAGCGACGGUCCUCCGAUACCGCGACCGGCUCCACGCCUAGACCGUACGCCCGCCGAACCGGACUACAAGGAACCCCUGGUUGGAGAGCAUUCCAUAGAGGUCUUGAAGGAGGCCGGACUGUCCGACAGCGAAAUUAGGACGCUCUUGCAGAGUGGCACCGUUGAGGCGCCCUGCUUUGACCCAAACUUGAGGCUGUGAGAAUGUUGCUGCCAUUACCGUAAUAUACCAGGGGAGCGCCCAGGAUGCUUUCACUGGAAACUGGGUUAAUCUAGAUGUGGUUGCUCGUCUGGUCCAGUCGGGCGCUUAACGUAUAAUUUCCAGAAUUCCCAAGUUUGGGAAAUGUUAAGAGGAGGCACUCCCUUGGAGGGUCUACUUUUUAAGUACUGGUGCUCAGCGGCGUAGACUUUCCAU